AUGCUUCUCGAACCUAUCGAUUCCGCCUUCUCCCCCGCCCGCUCCCUAUUCAAGCGCUGCAAGCAGUGCGACACCUCCUCCCCGGCCUGUCCCUCAUGUGACGAUGGCUACACAUGUACUAUGAGUGCGCAGACUUGCGACUCUUGCGCCACAACAAAAUGCGUCUCAAUGGGCGGCUCUAAGCCACCCGACUCCGGGGGUAGUAACGCGGGGGCUAUUGCAGGUGGCGUCAUCGGUGGUGUAGCCGCCAUUGCGAUCAUCGUGUUUUUGAUCUGGUGGUUCGUCAUCCGUAAGAAGCGCCUGGAGCGCCAGGAGGCGGAGAAGAAUGGCUCCUUCACGGCCGCUCGCAGUGAACGCCAGUCCAUCGCCUCCACCGUUCUCACCCGUGCUUCCAACGUCAUCCAAAUCGCCUACAUUCCCGGUGUCACCAAUCGCUCCCCACCAACGACACCGGCCUCUCUCGUCCCGCCUGUUCCCCCUCUUCCCGGUGCCUCGCCCGACCAACACUUCUUCAUGCCCGGUGAUCUGCGUGACUCUUCAUGGACCACCACGACUGGCCACCAGAGUAUCUCGCCCACCCUGCGCAGCAGUGUCGCAACCACCAUCUACCGCAAUGACGCCAUUGUCAGCGCCGUUCCCGCUCAGCAAAUCCAACGCUCUCGCGCCGCCGUGGUCAGCAUCCACAAUGGAGGCUCAGGGGGUAACACACCCGGUGAUGACUCUCCUGUCGCUGUUACAGUCACACCUGCGGAUGCACCUGCCGUUCCAGCCAUUACGCCAGCGCAACUUGCCCGGGCAGAGGCCGUCAAGGGUAACAGCUCUUGUGUGGCUCGCAGCGUAACCGCUCGACCAGUCAUGGUCCGCGGACCCUCCCUGAAGAAGAACCAGGACAAACCACCCAGUCGAAUCGAAGAAGUCUCAGAGAACAGCAAAAGCAACGACACCAGUCGAGCCGUAUCCACCACCAGCGAUUUCAAUCACGACAUCUCCACCUUCGACGGCUCUUCCUCAGAUGAGGAAGACCAACCAUACCCCUCCUCAACCGCCAAUCUUGAAACAGGAUCCUCACAGCGUCAUGUCGACCGAACAUCCGGUCUCAGUGAUGGACGAAGCUCAACUCGGACGCCACCGGCCCGAGUAGAAAGUCCAUUCUCGGAUGCUAACGAGGUUAAAUGA